GUUGGUGGCUCGGACACAAGGAUUUCCCCCUCGUCGGCGAGGGUCCCAAAAUCCCUCCCACACGUGCUUUUGCGAACCGCGGCCCCGGCGCCGUGUCUAUAAGACUCGCAUGGGAUCGCUGUUGCGUUGACUGGGCUGGUCCUGGUUGACUGGCUCGACUGGUCGGGUCCCUGCAUCCGUUUCCUUUUCCCAAUCGAACGGCCCCUUGUAAUUAAGUUGCGUGUCCUGUCAAUUCCAGAAGUGGACUGCCGCUGCCUGCAUCCGAUCGACCAUGGACGAAGACGACCAAGGCUCCAAGAUCCUGGCCACGACGUGGGCCCUCACCGGCCUGUCGGCCGUCUUCCUCGCCGUGCGCCUGUUCUGCAAGCUACGCACCAAGCGCCGCCUGUGGUGGGAUGACUACGUGCUUGUCCUGUCCUGGGUCAUGCUGCUGGCGUCGAUAGUCCUCGUCACGGCGAGCGUGCCCAAAGGCCUCGGCAAGCACGUGUACGCAGUCCCGUUCGAGAACUUUGCGUUCCUCGGCAUCACGGGCAACUUCACGGGCACCUUCUCCAUUCUCGCUGCCAUGUGGAGCAAGACGUCGUUUGCCGUCACGCUGCUCCGGCUGGUGCAGGGGCGGACCAAGGCUUUCGUCUGGUUCAUCAUCGCGACGGUGAACAUUCUGAUGGGCCUCAACGCCAUAUUCCUGUGGGUGCGCUGUUCGCCCGUGCAAAAGACGUGGAACCCGUACGUCCCGGGGACUUGCUGGGACCCGCAGGUAUAUCCCAUUUUCGGCAUGUUUGCCGCGGGAUACUCAGCCGCCAUGGAUUUUGUGCUCGCGCUGCUCCCCUGGACGGUCAUCUGGAACCUGCAGAUGAAGCGGCGAGAGAAAGUCGGCGUUGCCUUGGCCAUGAGCAUGGGAAUCUUCGCCGGCGCGACGGCCGUAGUCAAGACCACCGUCAUACCAACGCUUGCAUCUCCCGACUUUACCUACGUGUCGGCGCCUCUUAUCCUCUGGGGAGCGGCCGAGUCGGCCGUGACUAUUAUGGCGGCGUCGAUUCCGGUGCUGCGCACGCUGUUCCGCGACCUGCAGACGCUGAGCCGGCGGCUGUACGUGUCGGAGAGCAAGAACGACACGCAGAUCUCAAAGAUUUCGCCCAAGCAGAACACGGUCGUCAUCUCGGGCGGCGGUCCGUCCCCGCUCACCACCACGACUACAAACUCGAGUGACAGGGCGCCGCUGCGCGAGGCCGGCGGCCGCAUCAUCCAGAGCACCGAGAUCAUGGUUGCCGUCGAGUUCCGCAAGGACGACGACUCGGAUGGUCACGGCGUCGACGAGGCGCGCGUCGAGCAUGUUUAAUGUACGAUACCUUGAUAUAAUCGAUAACAGUUAUAAUCGAUACCUUUUAAUUAA